AACGGGGUAGCGUCAUUCGUCCUUGUAUUCCGUUAUUUCGGGGUAGCGUUUCCCCUCCUCUGCCCCUAACAAGCUCCGCCCCUUGACAACUAUGGGUCGCUUGGGCAUACAGAUAGACAUUCAUAGACAGUCCUUCGAGCUUUAUAGUGGUAUCAAUUAAAGAGUAACUUUUACAUAUUUAUUACAACAUUCAAAAUGUCACUGUGGACGCCAUAUGUGCAAGAAUAUGCUUUGGAUUUAAGCAACAAAAUAACGAAGAAUGAACAAGACAUUCCUGCAGCCCUUGAAAGUCCUCCGUUAGGCGCUACAUCGCCUACUUAUUUAAAUUUUGAGUACAGGCAGUGUGCUAUUUCACAAGUGCAGCAGUGUAUUCCAAUAAACCAGUGUGUACCAGUAAACCAGAUUUCACCAUAUUAUGUGAGCUAUACGCAUACGCCGCCUCUGUAUAAAUGCGACGAAAUACCACCAAACGCUGCACUAUCACCACCAGAAUCCGUGGAAUUAUAUGAUGCAGAGUCAUUGUGUAACGACGCAGAAUAUUUGGAAUUUGAAAAAGACGCCCUAAGAGUGAUGGCUGAAAAAAAUGGAGGAACACUAUUAGGACAUAAUCCAAAAAUGCGAAGAGCUAUUCAAACAAAUGAAGCGGCGGAUGACACAUAUAGAAAACAGCGCCAAAGAAACAAUUUCGCUGCGAAACAGAGUAGAGAUAGAAGGAAAAUGCGAGAAGUUCGUUUGUCGUUACAAACUACAUAUUUAAAAAAGAAAGUUGCAGAACUGAAAGCGUUGUUGGCUGCUGAUGUUUGCAGCCGUUGCAGAAGCCGAUUCCAUACGUGCUAA